AACAGUUUGUGUGCACGUCUGCAUCAAAACUCUAUGCACUUCCUCCUGGUGCUGCAUCAGACCAGACCGUUGUGUUCAUCUGGGAACAACAAGGAGACGUCACUGACACUGAGGGGGAACCCAAAGUCCCUUGAUGUAUCAACAAAGAAAUCCACAACCUAUUAAAUCUGAACUGGAUAGAUUCCCUAAAUCGGAUUAAACACUAAUCAAAUGGAAAUAACCUUAUUUACACUUCAUUUAUGGUCAUGAACUAGAGACACCAUGUGAAAAACACACCAUCUGAAAUUAUCGUGCUAGAAUACUUGGCCUCAACAUGGCAGCCAAUGGCCUAAGGAGUACUCCUUCCAUUCCUAAAUCCCUCCCACCCAAGAAAAGGAAUCCCAACGAGAACUCAGAUGAAGCUCCAGGUGAGCCAGUGUUCAAGACACCUUCUCCUUUCUGGAAUCAGAACAACUUCCGGAGAUCGAGAAGGACACGAGAACCAACAAAUGUCUCCUACAUCGAUCUUCAUUCCGCAGCCACAUAUCAUCCUUUGUGGACCGAUGCCCCAAACCAGGUUCUUUUACACCCAUUAGGGGACAAUGGUACAUUCCCUUCCUGGAGUCCAUAUUUUGAAGGUGGUGAACAGCUGUUAGGCCAUAAUAGGACUGACCCAAUGAACGUCCAUGAUGUUUAUGGAACCUCUUCUUAUUGGAGCUAUGUUCCUCUUACAGAACAAAGAGACUUGUUAUUGAAAAGCUAUGGAAGAUUCUCCAGCCAGUUCAAGCCAAAAAUCAUAAAGCCUGUACCUCGGACUUUGGCGUCUCAUUAUACCAGAAGAGUUCUUCAAAAAGAUAUCCCAAGGGGGCAGUUUGAUGUGGAGAACGUAACAGGUGCUCAGUGGGAAGAGACACCUCAGAAUGAGAGUGCAAAAAAUGAAACGAGGAUGAGGAAGAGAAACUACACAAGAGAGGGGAUAAAGCAGAAUUCUGCUCAGUUUGCAGAGUCCGGAAUGGAUCUUUCCAGACACAAAUAUUAUUCCGACUUUAAGGACUUAUCACAAGCAAGAACAACCAAAACAGAAAAUCUCCAGGACCAGCAGUUUCCUGUUAUUCACCAGCCUUGUUCCAGCAAUGAGCAACCCAAGUCAGGGACUGAAGUGACUAUGAGAGAUGAGCACCCUCUGCUGGCCAGGAGUGAACAAACAGACACUCAGGAACAGCAAAAACUUGCGUUACCUUCCUCUCAGCUCCUGUCACGCUUUUUUCAGGGUGCUCUGAUCGAGCUUGAUGGGGGUCGGCUAAAGCGUGUGGAGGACUUACAGUUGGAGGAUUUCGAGUGCUGUACUGCGUCAUGCCCAGAGUUAAGUCUGACGAGGUUCAUUGUGAAGAAGAUCAUGUUCUCGGAUAAACCUGGACUGAUCUGUUUGGAGGUAGAGGUUGAUGAUAACCUUCAUUCUAAGAUCUCCCUGGAGGUGUGCGAGGAGUACCCCCUGUUUGUGUGCGGUCGUGGCUGGUCUUCCUGCAGCCCUUACAGAACCGCUAAUCUCUGCUGCCUGCGCUGCCAACAGCUGCACCUGGGGGACGUGUGCCUGGCACUAACACCUGUACCUGGUGCACCUGCUGAGCCGACUUGGCCUGGCACAGGUGCGAGUGACAUCGGAUUUCUGAAUCGUACAGAGGGAGUGGAACCGUGCAAUCCGAGAAGAAGACACAGUUCAGCUCCAGAACUCACAAAUGCACAAUAA